AAACUGGCGCCUCAAAGGCCACCCUAGCUGUGUCCAAACAUGGCCUUCUGCCACUUUACCAUGUGACUCUACUUCGGCACUCUCAAACUCACUAACCCAGUUAGCCAACACUGCAAUACUCCAAAUUUUCUUUCUUUUAUCUUUACAUCGAAGAAGAUAAGAUACCCCAAAGCUCAACCUGUGUUCCAGAGAGAGAUCCAAUGGUGUCUGGGUCACCCUAUUUCCGGCUUUCUUCCUUCUUCUUUGUGCUGGCAUGUUUGGUGACUGCUUCUUUGGCAGGUGACCCUUUUGUCUUCUAUGAUUGGACUGUUUCUUACCUCACGACUUCUCCACUUGGUGCUAAGCAACAGGUGAUUGGUAUUAAUGGGCAGUUUCCAGGACCAAUCCUCAACAUCACUACAAAUUGGAAUAUUGUUGUCAAUGUUAAGAAUGAUCUUGAUGAGCCACUUCUGCUUACAUGGAACGGUAUACAACAUAGGAAAAACUCUUGGCAAGAUGGUGUUUUGGGUACUAAUUGUCCGAUUCCUGCUGGUUGGAACUGGACAUAUGAGUUUCAGGUCAAAGAUCAAAUAGGGAGUUUCUUUUACUUCCCUUCCCUAAACUUCCAAAGAGCUGCAGGUGGCUAUGGAGGAAUUAUCAUAAACAACAGAGAUGUCAUUCCACUACCCUUUGGGAUACCUGAUGGUGAUAUUACUAUCUUUAUUAGUGACUGGUAUACUAAGAGUCAUAAGGGAUUAAGGAAAGAUGUUGAAAAUGGAGUUGACCUUGGAGUUCCCAAUGGUAUCCUUAUCAAUGGACUGGGUCCAUAUCGUUAUGAUCAAACGCUUGUUGAAGAUGGGAUUUUUUACCAGAUCAUAAAUGUUGAACCAGGAAAAACAUAUCGCUUCAGGGUCCACAACGUUGGAAUUUCAACUAGCUUGAAUUUCAGAAUCCAAGGCCACAACCUACUUCUUGUUGAGACUGAAGGAUCAUACACAGUUCAGCAAAACUACACAAACAUGGAUAUUCAUGUGGGUCAGUCGUACUCAUUCUUGGUUACCAUGGACCAGAAUGCUAGCAAUGAUUAUUACAUUGUAGCCAGUCCUCGGUUUGUCAAUUCAUCUGACUGGGCUAAAGUUACUGGAGUCGCCAUCUUGCACUACUCCAAUUCUCAAGGACCCGCCUCAGGUCCUCUUCCCGAUCCUCCUAAUGAUUAUGACACAUAUUUCUCAAUGAAUCAAGCAAGAUCAAUAAGGUGGAAUGUCUCUGCUGGUGCUGCACGUCCAAACCCUCAAGGAUCUUUCAAGUAUGGCCAGAUUACCGUGACAGACGUGUAUGUGAUCCUUAAUAGGCCUGCAGAGCUUAUAGAUGGAAAACGGCGUACAACCCUUAAUGGUAUUUCAUACUUAGCACCUUCAACACCCAUAAAACUUGCUCAGCAGUUCAACAUUCCCGGGGUCUACAAGCUUGAUUUUCCAAAUAGACUGAUGAACAGACCUCCCAAAACUGAUACAUCUCUAAUUAAUGGUACUUUCAAAGGUUUUAUGGAAAUAAUCUUUCAGAACAAUGACACCACGGUACAGAGCUACCAUCUGGAUGGCUAUGCUUUCUUUGUUGUAGGUAUGGAUUUUGGGGUGUGGACUGAGAAUAGCAGAGGCACAUACAACAAAUGGGAUGGUGUUGCACGCUCUACAACACAGGUCUUUUCUGGCGCCUGGACAGCAAUAUUGGUUUCUCUUGACAAUGCGGGCAUUUGGAAUUUACGUGCGCAGAAUCUUGAUUCAUGGUAUCUAGGCCAAGAAGUUUAUGUGAGUGUUGUGAAUCCAGAGGUUGACCAAUCUGAGGUUCUGUUGCCUGAAAAUUCCAUAUAUUGUGGUAUCCUUUCGUCAUUACAGAAGGAUCAGGCUCAAAGGGUUAAUUUUUCUGGUGCACCAUCAAUUUCUGAUUCAAGUAAAACAGUUUUCAUUCUGUUAAUCAUAGCCUUAAUUGGGCAUUCUCUCAGGUAACAAUGGUGAGAAAGAAAAUCAAGUAAGCACCAUAAUUUUACUGCUGAACCAGCAAUACAAAGCCUCUGUCAGUGGGAAAUAGUAAUAUUAUAGAUCAGAUGGCCUUAGUUUGGUUGGGAAACAAAAUUAUGGACAGCGACUAGCUUACAAUCUUGUUACCUGAAAAUCCUGUACUAUUCUUGUUGAACUUGUAUCAUUCAACCUGCCGGAAAAACUGCAUGUUAUGCCAUUGAAAUAGGUGCACAUAAAGGCUUUAAGAACAGCAACUGACUGUAAAGGAAAUUGUACUGGUAGUCUGUAAUUUAAGAUUUUUUUUUGGUAGUGUAUCAUGCAAAAUUUUAGCCCAUGAUAUUGUUGAAUCUCUUCAUAUUUAGUUAAAUAUAUUUUGUAA